GGUCGUUCGUGUCAUGUGAAAUGUAAACAAACUAACGUUAACGUUACUAUCGAUAAAUAAAUAAACGUUAAUAGGCUCAAUAUUAAUAUGAGUAGAAAAAGCCAUGUUACUACUAUAUUAUUGUUGUUAGCUAACCAUCUGCACCUGGGUAUAUUGCAAGCUGUAGGUUAACUACUAGCUAUAUUAUGGCUAGUUUGUGUCAUGUAAACAAACUAAUGUUACGAUCUAGCUACAUAUAAUACCCUCAAUAUUACUAUGAAUAGAAAAUCAUAUGUAACUAACUUACUAUGACAUAGCCUACUCUUUGCUAAUCAUCUAGCUAGAUUGCUACCCAUUUAAACGUCUGAUCAUACACCCAACAUUAGCUACAUUACUGUAACUUAAAUUGAUUUGAUAAUGCAGCUUUCAUGCUGUCAUAUUAGGUGUGUGUUUGUGCUGUAGUGUCACAGUGUAUUGUCCAAAGAAUGCUCAUUGUAUAUUGUUGUCCAUAUUCAUGUUGCCUUUAGAUGAGCAAUAAGCCUAAAAGCCACAAGUCCAUGGGGGAAGGAGAGUGGAUGGCAAGACUGAGGGCAUAUGCCAGCUCAGGGGUUUGGCCUUCUGGAGGCAACAGACCAGCCCCUAAGCGGCGGAAGUGGCAUGACCUCUAUCAGAAGAUUGAGAAAUGCCCCAUGCAGGCCUGUGGACAGACCACUCUUUUUGGAGGGUCAGUGGCCUGUAAUUGUGGAUUUCACGGUGCUAAGCCCACCACUCAGCCUCCUGCCGCAGCCUCGCAGUCUGCAGCUCUGGUCUCGACCCCUGGUGCAACGGCUGCUGUACCACCAUCUUUCUGGCGCCCCCCUCCAAGUUUGUCAAUGUUCACUAAAUCACGCUUUGGUGGGUCACAGUCUGCCACAGUGAAACCUAAUUUAGUGGCUAGGAGGAGCCCCAGCCCCUCUUCCUCCCCUGUGAGGACUCCCAGCUCGUCUCCAUCCUUUGUGAGGACUCCCAGCCCCUUUCCAUCCUCUGUGAGGACCCCAAGCCAUGCCCCGUCUUCUGGGAGGACCCCCAGCCCCUCUCCAUCCUCUGUGAGGACUCCGAGCCAUGCUGUGAACACCAGCAUGGCAGAAGCCUGUGAUGAACCUGGAGGAGUUCAGCUGGCCAGUGCUGGGGCUGCAGCUUCUUUCUGGUUGCCAGCAGAGAUGCGGAAAAACAUCCCCAUCCAAGACCAGAGGUGGAUUUCUAACGCCAUUUUCCACUCUGGCAAACUGCGACAAGAUUUGAAGCUGUGGUACGAACCCCCUGUCCCAGCUCUCGUAUACCACCAGACACCAACACCAGAUCGCUUUUUUACCCAUCGGCUGAUGGUGUGGAUGCCCUACCACCUGUGGAAGGUGAGGGUAAACUGCCCUGAGUGUGGGAAGCAGCUGACGGGCUACGGUGUCCACAAGAGAGCUCGGAAGGUCCUGGACAUUGACAGGUAUUACCUGAUGGUGACAGAGACACUCAGGUGCACUGUGUGUUCUCUGAACUACCUGUCUACCUCUCAGACUGUCCGCAACCAGCUUGACCUGCCGCACCAGAAAAUGUUCCGGCUGAUCCUGACCCACAAGUGAGUAAAACAGUUUUGAAAAAAUGUGUUGCCAGUAGUGUGUGUAAUACAGCAAUCAGCAGAUUACCACUGUCACAUUCAACUGUCGCAUCGCAUCGCCGGCUGUGUGUGAUAGCUUUUACACGACUGUAAUGACC